AUGGGUUACAAUAAAGGCAAACAUCUGGCGAGAUCAUUUGACAGCGGUUACAAACCAUUCAAUGGCAAUGACAGGAGCCAGACCAUUCAAUGCCAACUUUAUAAGCCGGGUAAUAAUAAAGGUAAACAACUAGCGAGAUCAUUUGACAGCGGUUACAAACCAUUCAAUGGCAAUGACAUGAGCCAAUUGCUGGAGCAUCUGGUGUAUUGUCCCGUGAAGGAAAAAUUUGACAAUGAUAUACUAGAAAUUAAAACGUCUCAAAGCUCUAUUCCAUCAUUAAUUCGCAAGCUGUUACAGAUGAUGAAAACACCAUCUGGUUUGCCAACCUGCUUAAAUCACUGUUAUGAAAUGCUAUCAAAAUUUGCGUUUGAGUUAAUAUAUAUAGAAUUUCGAAAAGCAGAAUUUAUAGAAAAACCAGUGUUGCAUCUAUCUUGCAACUGUUCAUUUCUUAUCCAUUGUAGAAUGCAGUGUUGUCACUAUUUAGCUACAUCAAAUAGUAACAAAGAAAACCUAUAUCUGGCCAGUGAUGACAAAUGGCUGUCAGAAAUUUCUGAGCAGCAAAAGAAUGCAGUGACAGAGAUAGGAAUUUUCAAAGGAACAACACAAUUAAACACACACCAAAAAAAGUUAAAUGCUGCCAUGGUCUCAUGCGUCAUCUGUACUUCCCGAGUUGCAAAAAAGCAAAUUUUUAAAAAAGUUGCCCUGGUUGAAAAAUGUGGAGGCUUAGCCAAAAGUUGUGGAUCUUGGGGAUGGUCCUAA